AUGGAGCGAACAAGUAGCAUUAGGAGAAAAGCCACAGCCAGACAACAUAAAGGAGAAGUCAUGAUUGCUGGAGAACAACUCAGGUUGAGACUACACGAUGGAAAACUGAUCAAGGACCGACGCUACCACCUGCGCACGUAUCCUAACUGCUUUGUGGCACAGGAACUUAUAGACUGGCUAGUGAGCCAUAAGGAGGCUCCAGAUCGAGCAACAGCCGUCUGCAUCAUGCAGCACCUCAUGGAUCAUGACAUCGUUCACCACGUCUGUGAUAAGAGGCCAGUGUUGAAGGAUGCCAAACUGCUGUACCGUUUCCGCAAGGAUGAUGGCACAUUUCCCUUCAAUACAGAGGUGAAAAUCUUCAUGCGAGGACAACGACUCUAUGAACAUCUCAUAGGUGACAAGAAGUCUAUUCUUCAGCUAAGAGAGGAGCAUGGCGUUGCAUAUCAGCGCUCCUUUCCUGGAUACCAGCUGAUUGACUGGCUCCUUCAGAACGGAGAGGCCGAGAGCCGGCGCCGGGGACUGGAGCUGUGCCGCGCCUUGCAGGAGCAAGGCAUCAUUCAGCACGUGGCAAAGAAGCAUGGUUUCUUUGACAGUGGACUGCUCUAUCAGUUCUGCAUCAAUUUUCGCCGCAGACGCCGCCUAUCUGAACUGCUGAAUGAAAGUGGACAAGACGACAACGAAGGGGUGGCAGUGUCCACACAUGAGGACAACCAUCCUGAUAGUCCGUUUGUUCUGCACAAAAACACGCCUCAGGACGGCAACAGUGCUUUCCAUUCUGUGAGGUUAAGUAAAGAUCUGAAACAGGUUACCAGUGGGCGUCGAGGCAGCUUGAAUUCCCUUCAGCUUCACUCUUCUGGAUUUCCACCUCUGGUCCAGCUGUCUUCGACUUCAGUGAGUUGCAAUCCUAAAUCAGUGCUAACAAGAAAUUAUACAUGUGAAGAGUUAUUCGCACCUGGGGCACCUGUUAUUAAGAAAGUGUUGACGGUGAUAGGAGAUGCCCUGGGCUGGGGCUUUGUUGUCAGAGGCAUAGCUCCCUGUUAUGUGCAGGCCGUUGACCCUGGAAGCCCAUCAGCAGCUGCAGGAGUUAAGGUGCGGCAGUUUGUGUGCCAGGUGAAUGGACAGUGUGUUCUCUAUCUGGACUACAGGACAGUAUCCAGGCUGGUGAAGACCGGGCCUCGCACUGUUGUUCUGGAAGUUCUGGAACCGUUGGAAUGA